UUUAUGAGUUGGAGACGGUCUUACAUUGGCAAUGGGACAGUUGAGUUACGUUUUUUAGUUUCUCUUGUCAUUCUGAUCGAAGGCGGCUUUGCUGAUGAUCUAAAUUCACAUUUUCUUUUCCAUUAUUGACAGUCUAUAUUUUAAAGUGUAUGUACGACGUACGUGUAAUUAAGUUGCAAGUUAACAUAGGAAUACGUUCAUUCAACACUAGAUUUGGAUCAUUUUCUUGUUUUUUUUUUUGUGAGAACGACAAUUCCAAUCAAGAAAGAAUUGUUGGAUACUUCAAUAUGUCGGAAAGAGUUGAAGAUUUUGAAGAUUUUCCCGAUGACACAUGCGAUGAUGAUGAUGAAUCUGAAGAUUUUCUGGGACAUAAAAAUUCAGACUACGAAAGUACAGAGAAUGACUUUUUGAAAAAACUUUUCGAAAUGGUGGAACAAGAAAAUUGGUGGAAACGUAUGCUUGAUUUCAGUCAAAAGGAUCCAAUCCAUGAUGAAAAUGCUGAUGUUGAACUCAUACAUGGUGAUCAAAUUGAAAUUUCGUCAACCGAUAACAUUUCUUAUAUAGAAAAAGACGGCGUUGACUUUGGUCUUGUACCAUCUUUGGCAUCACAGCCAUCAGUUGGUUUCAUGCGAUUCAAGGGGGGAGCAUCGAAGGCCAAAGAACCGAGUCGCGAUGAAGUGGAAUUGCACGUGCUUAAAGGUGAAUUCCUUAUAGAAUGUGACGAUACCACCAUGGACGCUUUUGCUGGUUGUGAUGUGACCGUUCCAAAGGGCGUAUCGUAUGGAUUGAAGAACGUUAGUGAUGACAUUGGUAUCAUACAAUGCACAUAUGCAGCAUUAUCAAUGUCAUGAGCAUUUAUUUGAUUUGGUUUUUUUCACAAAUUUAAGUUAAAAAUCGUAAGCCCACUUAUAAUGAAAUAUAAAUUGAAAUCUAUGAUAAUUUGAU